AUGGGUUCAGAAGCCUAUCCCGUCCACAAAAGCGGCAUUUUCAACAACCUGCCCACGUUCAACCCAUCGAUCACAGGCAAAACAGCUCUCAUCACAGGCGCAAAUGGCAUCUCUGGCUUCCAUACCAUGCGAGCAUUGCUCGAUAGUCCUGAAAGAUGGACGAAGAUCUGGGCUGCGAGUCGAAGGCCUCCUCCGGAAGAGAUGAUGAAUCUGCUUUCCGAGGAGCAUCGGUCUCGGGUUGAGCAUGUAGCUUGUGACUUUCUAUCCAAGCCAGAAGAAAUUGCAAAACAGCUUCAAGACAAGGGCGUCAAAGCUGAUUAUGUCUUUUUCUACUCGUAUGCUCAGCCGAAGCCGAAAGAAGGCGCUCCUGUAUGGUCCAAUGCCGAGGAACUGGUUGAAGUUAACGCUGCUCUUCUUCGAAACUUCUUGGGCGCCCUGGAAGUGGCGAGUAUCAAGCCUGCUAGAUUCUUGCUGCAGACUGGUGCCAAGAACUAUAACAUUCACCAGGGCCCAUCCCGAACGCCGUAUGUCGAGAGCGACCCUCGAAGCAACGUGGCCCCCAAUUUCUACUACCCGCAGGAAGAUAUCCUCUUCGACUACUGCCAGCGUAACAAUGUCGGCUGGAACAUCAUCUGUCCAGCUUGGAUCAUCGGCGCCGUCAACAAUGCCGCGAUGAACGCGACUCAUCCGAUUGCUAUCUAUGCUGCAGUACAAGCUCACAAGGGGGAAAAGUGCGAGUAUCCCGGUGACUAUGCAAGUUGGCUUGCACCGGCAGAGCAUAGCACAGCUCAACUUACGGGCUACCUCUCCGAAUGGGCUGUUCUUGAAGACAAAUGCAAGAACCAGAAGUUUAAUGCGAGCGAUACUUCUCCAUUGCCCAACAAUCGGCUCUGGCCAGAAGUUGCUCGCUGGUACGGCACGACCAGUGUCAAUCAACCCGAGCUUGACGAAAGCAAGAUCACUACGCUUGAUCUUGGGCAAACCGAGGUGCCCCUAGGUUUCGGUCCUGGUGGCAAAGUGCGAUUCGUGUGGUCACUCCAGGAAUGGGCGACGAAAGCUGAGAAUCAGCAGGCCUGGAAGGAAAUCAUGCAGAAGCACAAUUUGACGCACAAUCCAUUUGAGGACGUCAAGGCCAAUUUCGAAUGUGGCGAGUUCAUCGUUUGGGGCACUGCUGGCAGUCUGUCGAUGAAUAAAGCCAGGUAUUUCGGUUGGACCGGCCAUGUCGAUACACUGGAGAGCUUAUUCCGAGCAUACGGCGAGCUCAACAAGAUUGGAAUGUUGCCGCCUAUAGUGGUGCAUAAUGCUCGGCCGUUGAUAUGA